AUCAAGGACAUCGUUGACGGAUUCAAGUGCCCAGACGAUCUCACGGGUGCCGUCCAGUCGGGUUGUGCUUCAGUUAGUAAUGCCGUCAUCGUUAUUGCUUCGGCGGUCAUUGCUGCGUUGAACAUCGUGCAUGACGUCCUCUACAUGAUUUUUGACACUCUUAUUGGGCCAAGCGAUGCGGCUGCCGUGGAAUCAUACGAGAACACAGCCGCAGUCUUUGACAACAUGGAGAUCAUGUACCAAAGAAUGCAUGAGGCAGAAGUGCGGCAACAGGAGAAACUAUCUUCCAUGGAAGAGAAACUAACAUCCAUUUUCGAGGCCACCGUGUCCGAGGAGAGGAAGCUGUCGGAGUUGGACCACACCGAAAACCAGUCGUUGGCGGGUUGA